ACAGGCGUGUAACCCCACACGUGGCUCCCCUUUUUUUUUUGUAUUGGUGAUGGAACCCAGGUCCUCACUCAUGCUAAACACACAUACUCUUACUGAGCUACAUCUCCUGCCCCAGCUCCUUCAUUUUGUAACUGAGACUGAGGCCCAAAAAGAAUGACUGUCCUAAGUCUAUACUGCUGGUGAACUAUGGGGUUUCACUAAAAUCCAGAUUUUGUCGUCCCCCGCCCCGCAUAUGCAUUCCAUCAUUUCAUUCCCCUGUCCGGCAGGUUGUUCUCAUGUCUUUCUUGCCUUAAACCCUACAGAAAAGGCUCUCGGCUCCUUUUCCCCCAGGUCUGUGGGUACAGUUACGGGAUCACUUCCCUCCGCAGGGUUUUCGGCAGACCUCCACACGUUAGAAGGGACUCGGCAGAGAAUGAGAACCUUAUCCCCUUGUCAUCCGUGAGCCCCUCUUCCACCUGCAUUCCCACUGUUUGCUGUCCUCAUGUCUGCUUUACUCUUGAAUCUGGAUUUUGCCGCGUGUCCUCCCAAAAAGUCAUUAGAAGGAAAUGCAAAGCAUCGAAAUUUUGUCAAGAAACGACGGUUCUUGGAACAGAGAGGCUUUCUGAACAAAAAGAACCAGCGUCCUAAUAAGGUGCCGAAGCCACACUCAGAACCUACAAAGAAAGGGGAAACUCCGAGAGUCGAUGGCCCUGGGAAGACCCAUCCUCCCCCCGGACAGAAGACAGCGGCCUCCAGCAAUGGGUCAGAGCAGGCCCUGGACAGGAAAGCUGCCGUGUCUUGGCUGACCCCCGCUCCUUCCAAGAAGACUGACUCUGUUGUGGGGAAAGUAGAUUUGCUGGGGGAGUUCCAGAGUGCGCUUCCCAAGAUUAAGAGCCCCCCGGCUCGCUCCCAGAAGAAGGCCCCACAGAAGAGGCCCCCUCAGAAGAGUGCCACACAGAAUGCCACCCAAGUGCCCUCAGAGGGUGUGUGCUCCAGAGCGGCCCAGAAGCCAGGGAAGAUGGUGGCGCUUGACUGUGAGAUGGUGGGCACGGGUCCCAAGGGGCACGUCAGCUCCUUGGCUCGGUGUAGCAUCGUCAACUAUGACGGCGACGUGCUCUAUGAUGAGUACGUCCUGCCCCCCUGCCCCAUCGUGGACUACCGGACCAGGUGGAGCGGCAUCCGCAAGCAUCACAUGCUGAAAGCCACACCAUUCAAGACUGCGCGGAACCAGAUCUUGAAGCUCCUUGCUGGGAAGGUCGUGGUGGGACACGCCAUCCACAAUGACUUCAAGGCCUUGCAGUACUUUCACCCCAAGCCCCUCACCAGAGACACCUCCCAGAUCCCUCUCCUCAACCGCAAGGCCGGCUGCCCGGAGAAUGCCACCAUGUCUCUGAAGACUCUCACCAAGAAGCUGCUGGGCCAGGACAUCCAGGCUGGAAAAAGCGGCCACUCCUCUGUGGAAGAUGCCCAGGCCACCAUGGAGCUGUACAAGGUGGUUGAAGUGGAGUGGGAGCAGCACCUGGCCCAGAACCCCCCGAAAAACUAGCAGCUGUGGGGCAGCGGAGCGGCACCCAGGAGAACGGGCAGCACCUGGGGAGCUGGAAUGGCUGGGAGAGAGCCUCCGCCCCAGACUCAAUAGCCACUGCAGUCUCACCUCGCUCUUGUGUUCUGUGUCUGGUUACGGGUCCCCUGAAGGGGACGUCUUUGUGGGGAAUCCAGCCCUGGACUAUUUACCUCACAAAUGGUGCUAACCACAGAGCCCUGCCUGCUUGUGCCGGCCAAGCAUGGGGCGUCCUGGGAAAUGUAGUUUCUCAUCCGCCUUAUAACUCAGUGGCCCUUUGUCUCUUCUGGUGGGAGGCUGUGUUGCCCAGUGCGGCCUUGGCUGCCUGGGCUUGACCAGUCCUUCCUCAGCCUCCAGAGUGGCCGGGACCACAGGCACACACCACCACACCCAUAGGUCUC